AUGCGUCCUGUCUCCAUCGCACCCCUCUUGGCACCGGCGACCGCCCUUCCAAUCGCCCCGGGCCAGGUCAACGUUCCCCCCGAAUUCAACUCUAAGAUCGGCUCGCCAAGUCCUGUGAUCGACUGCGUGGGCAUUGCCGUCUGCAACACGAUCACGGUGGACAACGGGAACCAAAGCCCAGGUUCGUUAAGCCAGCCGAAACAGACGCCGCUGCAGCAGCAGCAGCAGCAGCAGACGGGAUCCGGCGGAGUAGGCGGCUCACUGCGCCGAUUCUCAGCCCCAGCCUUACUCUUCCAGGGCUGUUGGAUUGUGUCGGCAUUGCGGCUUGUAACCCGGUUACUGUGA